UCACCAUGGUGAAGCCGCGCUUCAAGGGCCGCGCCAGCCUCAACCCGUCGCGGGCCAGCACCAACCCCGAUCGGCCGGCGGAGGCUGCAGGCGGCAACAUGAGGGACCGGGCCACCAUCCGGCGCCUUAACAUGUACCGGCAGAAGGAGCGUAGGAACAAUCGUGGGAAGUUGAUCCGGCCGCUCCAGUUCCAGUCCACGGUGGCACCAGGCACAGUGGCAAGAGUGGAGCCCAACAUCAAGUGGUUUGGAAACACUCGUGUGAUCAAGCAGUUGUCCCUCCAGAAAUUUCAAGAGGAGAUGGAGACUGUGAUGAAGGACCCCUACAGAGUGGUCAUGAAGCACAGUAAACUGCCUAUGUCCCUCCUGCACGACCGAAUUAAGCCUCACAAUGCCAAAUGUCACAUUCUUGACACUGAAACCUUUGAAACAACGUUUGGCCCCAAAUCGCUCAGGAAGCGGCCAAACCUCUCAGCGAGUGAUGUGCAGUCGCUGCUGGACAACGCCGUGGCCGAGGCAAGCAGCUACGACAAAGACAAGGACCGGGAUUUAGUGGUGGAGGAUACAGGAGUGAGGGAAGAGGCACAAGAAGAGAUAUACAAGAAGGGGCAGUCCAAGCGGAUCUGGGGAGAGCUUUACAAGGUGAUUGAUUCAUCUGAUGUAGUGGUGCAGGUGCUGGAUGCGAGAGACCCAAUGGGAACCCGCUCCCCGCACGUGGAGAGCUACCUGAAGAAAGAGAAACACUGGAAGCAUCUCAUUUUUGUCUUGAACAAAUGUGACCUUGUGCCUACCUGGGCCACGAGACGCUGGGUGGCCAUUCUCUCCCAGGAGUAUCCCACCUUGGCCUUCCAUGCAAGCCUCACAAACCCCUUUGGAAAAGGAGCCUUCAUCCAGCUUCUGAGACAGUUUGGCAAGCUGCAUGUGGACAAGAAGCAGAUCAGCGUGGGCUUCAUUGGCUACCCCAACGUGGGGAAGAGCUCCGUGAUCAACACGCUGCGAUCCAAGAAGGUCUGCAACGUGGCUCCAAUUGCUGGCGAAACCAAGGUGUGGCAGUACAUCACCUUGAUGCGCCGCAUAUUCCUCAUCGAUUGCCCAGGAGUGGUGUAUCCGUCGGGAGACACGGAAACCGACAUUGUGCUGAAAGGAGUGGUUCAAGUUGAGAAAAUCAAGUGUCCAGAAGAUCACAUUGCCACAGUGCUGGAGCGAGCCAAGCCAGAGUACAUCAGCAAAACGUACAAAGUAGAUGCCUGGGAAAAUGCGGAGGAUUUCCUUGAGAAGCUGGCCGCCAAGACUGGGAAGCUGCUCAAGGGGGGAGAGCCCGAUGUGCGCACAGUGAGCAAGAUGGUGCUGAACGAUUGGCAGAGGGGCCGCAUUCCUUUCUUCGUGAAGCCCCCAAAUAUGGAGCAGGGCCCUCAGGCCACAGCAGCUGCCUCAGCAUUCACAACCACAAGCCAAUGUGAGGAGUCUGGGGAAACCACAAGCCAGUGUGAGGAGUCUGGAGAAACCAUGAGCUCGACAGAGACACCCAACGAGCAGGCUGUGAGGGACGACUGCCCCAGUACAACAGCAACGCCGUGGCCUUUGUCGCACGUGCGGCAGAACUUCGGGGAGAUCCAUGUGGUUCCUCACUUCUCGCAAGAGGACUUGGUCCCUGUGGACGUGUCAGAUGGCAACGAAACAGACAGCGACCCAGAGGAAGGUGGCCAGCUUCAGGAGGCAGACAGUGGGCCUUCGGGCAAGGCAGACAGCAGGCAGGAUUCCAAGGCUGUGCUGAAGUCUCUGGAAGAGAAGAUUGCCAAAUACAAGAGAUUCUUGGAAAAGGCCAAGACCAAGAGGUUCUCUGCAAUAAGAAUCCCGAAAGGGCUGAGCGAAAAAGUCUUUGCAAAGUCUCAGUCGAACGCAGCGAAUGGCAACACCAGAGGGAAUCGGCGGAAAGCUGAGAAAAGGAAGAAACAAGAGGAAGACGAGGAGGAGGCCGAUGCUCAUCAGAUGAAGAAGCCUUGCAAGAAACUAAGUUCCAAGGAGCGGAGAGCAGAGCAGCGGCAGCAGCGGCCCAAGAAAACUGGUGCCCGUUAUUAUGACACUCACAAUGUCAAAAAUAAAAACCAGAACAAGAAAAAAUGCAAUGGGGAAGGUCAGAGACCGAAAACAAAGAGAAAUAAAGGCAAACAGUAGUUUCUU